AUGGUUCUACUGGAGGAAGUCAAUAAAGAGGUCAACAUGUGGACGUCCGUUCAUUACCUAGGCUACUUUUCCAGUCUUAACUUUCUCGUGGCCAUAUGCCUGGGUCUGUAUGUACGCUGGGAGAAGACUUCAGAGGCCAUGAUUCUGAUCACGUUGUUAGGAUUGUUUGUCCUUGGCAUUGCCAGCAUUUUUUACUACUACCUCAGCAUGGAGAAGGUUAGCCUCUGCCUCGAUCUUUGGUUUGGAUUCUUACUCGGCUUGCUGUGUUUUAUCUACAGCCCUGCUUUAGAGGUGGAUAUGAAGGAGCAAGCCACACAUUAUUUGUUGAUUGUCAGUGUGGUGAUUAGAACACUAAGAGUGCUGAUAGAGAGAAUCUGCAGCUGUGUCAAGUACCAGCCUGUAUUUCUCACAUCUGCAGAGGCUCUGGAGCUUACAGGCUUUGCUGUGGCCAGCACCCUACUAGCCAUCAACAACUCUGUAGCUCUAGUGGUCCUCGCGUUAGCCCUCACAGUCCUCAUUAUAGACUUGCGAAUGAAGUCUUACCUGGCCAUGCCAAACCUGGUUUGCUUUGCUUUGGUCACAGGAGUUUCUUUAGGGCUCUCCACCAACCCAUUUGCAUUGGGCUGCUUCUUCAGCACGCUCAUUUGUGAGCCCUUACUGGACAUCUACUUCAACGGGCAGUCGGUUACUGAGCGCUGGUUACCCUUCCUAAGGAAAGGUGCAUUCUGCCGCCGGCUCUCCCUGCUGCCUGUUGUGACAGUGGAAAUGGUUUUCUUUGUCCUGGCUGCUUUAGAGAUAGGUCAUGUGAAGCAGUGGUAUGUGGUUUUCCCUGGUUUCUCUCUGUGUGCUGUUUUUUGGGUCAUUAACCACAUGGUGUUGCUGGUUACUGUGUGGGGCUUUCACCGGAAACUGAGUGAGUGUCAGAGGUGGUGUGUCAUUCAGGGCAUUGAGGCCAGUACCCUGGACAGGAUCAUGGCCUCCAAAGGCAUGCGCCAAUUUAGUCUAAUCUCAGGGCGGCUGGUACUCUUCAGCCUGCUCUCCACUGGCAUACUCGCCAUCUUAUCCUGGCAGGUAAGAACAUCAAAACGCCAACAGUACCUUUGAGUAUUUCUGCUGGUCCUGCCAUUAGAGUCUCUGGCUCAUGGCCUGUUCUGUGAGCUCGGCAGCUGCCUUGGAGGAACUUCUGUUGGGUACGCCUUGGUCAUCCCCACUAACUAUUGCAGUCCAGAUGGACAGCCCACCCUUCUCCUACCUGACCAGAUGCAGGAGCUGAAUUUGCGCUCCACAGGCAUUCUGAAUAACAUCCAGCGGUUCUUCUCCCACCAUAUGGUUGAGACCUAUGGCUGUGACUAUUCCACCAGUGGCCUGAGUCUGGACACGCUCCAGACCAAGCUGCACGCCUUCCUGGAGCUGCGCAUGGCUGAUGGCACACGGCAUGACACCUACAUGCUGUUUUACAGUGGACACACCUACCGCAGUGGAGAAUGGGCCCUCACAGGUGGGGACACGCUCUGUCUGGACGAUAUUGUGCAGUGUUGGAGGGAGAAGAAUGCUGGCUUCUGCUCCCGCCUCAUCAUCGUCCUGGACACAGAAAACUCCCUGCCCUGGGUCAGAGAGAUCAUGAAGGUGGAUGGUCUCUAUGUGGCCGUGCAGGGUGCCUCAUUGUCUUAUUCGACCGAAGUUGAAGUCCAGGACACGGCACAGCUAGGUGACUUCACUGCCCAGUGGAUUGACUUCAACUGCAACCCUAACAGCACCAUCCACUGGUCAGAGAGAGGCAGGACAGUUCUUGCUGCCUAUGGGGUCUCCAAGCAGUGGGGAGACUACACACUCCACCUGCCCUCAGGAAGUGAUGUCACUAUGCACUGGAGGCUUUACUUCCCCCGCUGGACCUACCCGGUGGUACAGCUGGCCCAAUGGUGUGGUGUACUAAACCUGUUCUGGCUGUGUGGAUACUGCGUCCGUUUCCUCCGCAGACUCAAACUCUCCUGUUUUCCCCCCCCUGUCCCAGACACAGGUCAAGGCUUCAAGCUGGUCAAAUCCUAG